AUGCGAUGGCCACCAUGGUCUUCCAAAACGCAGGAGCCCACCAUUGCCGAUGAUAAACAACAAAACUGCACUUCUCUAUUGCCAGUCACAACAAAUCAAACAGACAAAGCAGCCAUACUCGACUGGGCCGCUUUCACAGAACUGAGAACUCUCAUCCCAACCUUGAUCCUUACCACCGCAAUCCUUAGCGCCGCGCGCUUCCAUCGUUCCUACCUCCGUCGAUUUCCCGAUGCGCCGAGUAUUGACGCAGCGUAUUUCCGCCGCCGCAGUAUCUACGGAAAGGUGACGAGCGUCGGCGAUGGGGAUAAUUUCAGGAUCUUUCAUACGCCCGGUGGCCGGCUUGCUGGAUGGGAGUUGUUACCUUGGAAGAGAAUACCAAAGGGGAAGAAGGAGCUGAGGGAUAACACGAUCCACGUCCGCUUAGCAGGCAUUGACGCGCCCGAGCUCGCGCACUUUGGCCGUCCCGAACAACCGUACGCUCGCGAAGCGCACGAAUGGCUAACGUCAUAUCUGCUGAGUCGCCGUGUGCGCGCUUAUCUGCAUCGACCAGACCAGUACCAGCGUGUCGUGGCAACCGUCUAUGUACGUCGCGUUCUUGAUUUCCCAAUCCCGUUCCGCCGGCGGGAUGUAUCGUACGAGAUGCUGCGGCGGGGACUUGCGACAGUGUAUGAGGCCAAGUCUGGCGCUGAGUUUGGAGGUGAUGCUAUUGAAGCUAAAUAUCGGAAUGCGGAGUGGUGGGCGAAGUUGAAGGGGAAUGGGAUGUGGAAAGGAUUCCGGCGGAAUAAAGAGUUCGAAAGUCCGAGGGAAUACAAGACCCGGGUAGGCUUGGAGGAAAAAAAGUGA